GGGUCAGAGUUGACAGUCUGCCGUGGAGGAGUGCGGUAGCUAAGCUAACAGCUAGCAACACAUGUGGAGGGUACAACGGGAGGCAACCCUAACUCUGUCAAAAUUCCCCCAACCGAACCGUAAACUACUCAGAACUUUAGUCACAUCGAAUUUAAGGAAUAGCAGUCGUUUACAAUGAAAGGUAGCCGGAUCGAGCUGGGGGACGUUACGCCCCACAACAUUAAACAGUUGAAACGCCUCAACCAGGUCAUCUUCCCCGUCAGCUACAAUGACAAGUUCUACAAGGACGUGCUCGAAGUGGGAGAGCUCGCCAAGCUAGCGUACUUCAAUGACAUUGCAGUCGGGGCAGUGUGCUGCAGAGUGGACCACUCUCAGAACCAGAAGAGACUGUACAUCAUGACACUGGGCUGCCUAGCGCCCUACCGCAGAUUAGGCAUAGGAACGAAGAUGCUGAACCAUGUGUUAAACAUCUGUGAGAAGGAUGGCACUUUUGACAACAUUUACCUUCAUGUGCAGAUCAGCAACGAGUCUGCAAUCGACUUCUACCAGAAGUUUGGCUUUGAGAUCAUUGAGACGAAAAAGAACUACUACAAGAGGAUAGAACCGGCAGAUGCCCACGUGCUUCAAAAGAGCCUGCGCAGCCCUUGUGCGCCCCCUGGGGGAGAGUUGCAGAAGGCAGAGUAGCCUCUGGAAAGAGCAUGGUCGUGCCCCGCCUCCCCAAGAAACAGAACUGUGACAGAUGCCCAUGGGUCGACACAUUCACCACUUUCUUCAAAGGACGUUAAAAAGAGAAAACAAAUUCAAAGUUUAAAAAACAAAACAUGGCUGCAUUUUGAUUUAGCAACAAAACAAACACAUUUUGCAUUUUAUUUUUACUAUUUUUCUUCAUUUAGAAAUUUGAAAACAAAAUAAAGGAUUCAGAAUCCAAAAGUGCUCAGAAAAGCUGCCGACUUAAGACAGUUUAGAUAUGGUGGGGGGUUUCUGUGUUUGCAAAUCAUACUGUUUGAGUUGUUUUAAAUGCGGUUUGUACUAAAAAACCCGAUAGAACUGAAUAGGGAAAAUCUUUUACAGUGAGAGACUAUCGUUGACAAAGGAAGUCCAACUGGCAAUCAUGGAGUGAUGCUUCUUGUAAUGGUGACACGUUUGGAACACUGAACUCAUCCCCUUGUCACCUGAGCCCAGGGACUUAUGGGAAGAGUUUUUACUGGUGGGUGAGACUAACUGUUUCUUCUUCUAGCAAUAUGCAAAGUGUGAGCCUUGCGCUGUGAUGCAAUGCCCCCUAUUGACGUCAAAGCUCUGAUGCCAGUCCAGAGGGGGAAAGGAGCACCCCACAGUGUGGGCAUGAGGAAGGAUGAACGGUUUCAAGUUGUGGGGAGAUUUGAGGAAGUGGAUUCCACUCUUUGUUUCUGAAUGGUUUUGUUUCUCAACCCAUCUAUUUAAUCCCCCCUUUAGAUCUUUUUCUUUUCAGCUCUUUUUUUAAAAGAUGCUGAUGCUGAUUGGCUCAGGGCUUCUCCUGGGCUUGCCACAGAUGCUGUGAGAGAGUCCCGGAAACCUUCAGAGAGAUCAGGGUGUGAGAUGGGCAAAGGUGUAUGAGAUCACAGGAAAUAACUGGUUUAUUACGAUGUUGAUGUUUUUAUCGAAGUACAAAGAUGUGACAAUGAACAAGAUGUCAAGCAGGGAUUGCUUGAGUACUUGGCAGUUCAGGAACAGGAGACGGGUCUCUGUUUUAAGGACUAGAGCAGUUCAAUUGACUGGAUAAGAUGGAGUUCUCUCAGCCUGGGUGAAGUGCAUGAGUGAGAUUGUUGUGGAUGCUUCUGUUUAGAUUGGCACUUUAUAGUUAGCUGGAGUACUGUCUGGUACUGAGGCUAACCUUUAUUGGCCCCUGUAGUAGGAAGUAGGAACCCAGCCAACUAGAUCUUUCCACAUGUAUCUGUAACCUUUUUGUGCGCUUCACUCAUGACCAUUGUGGGAAGGUUGCGUGUUGGUUUGGUAGUUUCCUCUGUCUGUAGGGCCCCUUACAACAGAACCUGAAGCCCAGGAGAAACCUGCUCCACUGCAUGCUGGGAGAAUACUGCCCUCUCCACUGUAGUAAAAGCAUGUUUUGUUUUCUCCUUUUGAAAAUGAUCUUUUCUGGAGCUCUAUAUUGUAAGACUUUUUAACCUCUAAAUAAAAUAAAUGCUAUUUGCA